UUCACCCACGGUCGCCAUUACGAUUUUCUCUCGAGUCGCGGAUUGUUCGGGCAAUAUCACAUACAUAAUAAUCCGUACAGUGGUGCAAAAGCCAAUCCUAGAAUGCAGGAAAAAAGUAACGAAUUGCUGAGUGCAGUGAAGCAGUGCAAGUGAAUCGUCGAAAAUGAGGCCGUAAAUCCGUUCCGACCCGCGAUGAAACCAGUGGCAAAGUGCGCUACGAUGAAGCCCGGUCCUGAUGGUGGCCAAAUAGUGUCGAACAGUGCGCUCCAAGCGGAGAAAACCGAGUGUAGUAAAUAUUGUACGCAGCAGCAAGUGGAAAAGUUCAGUGGCAGCAAUAAUAGUGCUAGCUGUGGUGGAAGUGUUGGUGUGUCGAAAACAGAACCAAACUUGGCAUCGGAAUCGGCGGCAGAAGCUGCUCAUUGUGAUAAGACAACAAACCCAGCGGCCACCGCCACGGCUACCGUGAUUUCGGAGGCAGCAGUAGCAGCAGCAGCGGAAGAACAAGCAUCGACAAAGAUGACUAUGGCGCUGGUGACGACAACGACGAAAAAGACGUCGGCUGGGGGCGGGGAGCAGAGCGAAAAGGCGUCAAAAAAUCACGUAGACACUGGGAGCAGCGCCGCGAAAACGUCGUUCGCUAAAAAUAAUGAUAAAUGUGAAACACCGGCGAAGGAUUUCGCUAUGCCUCGCGCUGAUAAUGAAUCAUCGCGAAGCCGCAAAAAGAAGAAAAAUAAAGAUAAAGACAGAGAACGUGACAGGGAACACAAGAAACGCCGACAUUCGGGCGAUCGUGGCGUAAGCGGAAGUGGCGGUUCAUCCACCAUCACAAGCCAUAGCACGCCUUCGAAGGACAAAUCAUCCACCAAAGUGUCGUGUCAGGACAAGGAAAAUCAACAUCAUUCGCGACAUAAACAGGAAAAAUUGGACAAAGUCGUCCUUCCGACCGUUGAUUUUCCGGUUCAGAUAAAACAAGAACUCACAAUAGAAACCACCACUACAACCACCAGCAGUAGCAUCAACAACAGCAACAUUGUGGUGUCUCAACAAUCGCCACCCUCUUCUGGUGGCGGGGGUGCGACGACAGCGUUGCUGCUGGGUGGCGGUAGUUUAUCGACACCUGUAACGGCGGCUGCAGCGGCCGCUGCAGCUGUGGCCACUGUGGCUGCAACUGGAGGAACCCCAAUUUCGCCUAUCAAUUUAUUGUUGAAUUUAGAGCGGAGUAACAGCGAGAACAGUUCUAUCAAAAAGCAGGACGUGUUCAUUAAAAAAGAAUACAAGCCGUUGAAACCAGACAAAACGCGGGACGAUGUGGCGAGGUCACUGACGUUCGGUGAUACCAAUAACGGUCCAAUUAACAUCUGUAACAGCACUAUCAAUAGCAGUAGCAGUGCUACCAGCAGUACAACUAACUUAACUAGUAAUAAAAAUUCUAAUAUUUUGAUAAAAAUAGAAUCCCCCAAGAAUCUAGACGACAAAUCCGUGGUCGUGAAGAAAGAGAUCUUGGCCGACGUCGGAGCAACCCAAGAGAAGCUGGUUAAUGGAGGCACAACAAUGAUUGCCCCAGCAGUCCCAAGCAGUACCUCGUCUACAACAGCAACGAUAACUACGCCACCGUCACUGCACAUAAAGCAGGAGCCUUCAGUGGAAAAAAGUUCAUCUCACGAUCAUCACAGUCACCAUGGUCACAAAUCUUCGUCCCAAACAGAUAACACCAAACUACCAAGCUCAUCUUCAUCGAGUUCGGUGCAUAAGAGUAGCAGUCGGGAGUGUUCCCGCUGUUACAAACGGUCCAAAAUCAAACGAGCCAACAUCGGAAUUCAGUGCAAACGCGAGAAGAUCGAACAUCCACUAUCGCCCGUUUCGCCGGCGGAACCGUGCUCGAGGGUAGCAACGGUGAACAGGGACAUGAAUUGUCAUCGCAAGGGAUUACAGAAUAGGAAAUAUGGCCGAUUCAUGCGCAUCGAGGUGCAUCCCAACGGAGGGGCGUCCGUUGUGCAUAUGUACCAAGAUGAGAUUAAUGUACUCUCGGAGAGCGAGAUGGAGGAACUGGUGAACGAGUUUUUCGAGGUGUGCUUCGCGGAAGACGAAGACGGCUAUGCCGAUCAUGUGAUGGGAAUAGUACACAACGCGGCAACUUAUCUGCCCGAUCUGCUGGAACAUAUGGCGGAGAACUAUGCCAACCUGACGGUGAAGGCGGGUGUACUCGGAAGAAACUCCGACAUCGAAACAUGCACGAUGAGUCAGUACAACGAACAGGUCGUCAAGAACUACUCGCAGGGGACAGUUCGCUACGGUCCGCUUCAUCAGAUUAGCCUGGUGGGCAAAGUUCACGAGGAGGUCGGUGGCUACUUCCCAGAUUUACUGAAGCGGCUUGAAGAAAACCCAUUCCUCAAUAAGGCAAUGCCGUGGGGAGAGCUGUCAAUUGUGCAAAUGGACCCGCGACUGUCGAACGACGGUCCCAUCCUAUGGAUUAGGCCCGGAGAACAGCUUGUGCCGACGGCGGAAAUUAACAAAACGCCUAUGAAGAGACAAAGGACACGCAUAAAUGAGUUGAGGAAUUUACAAUAUUUGCCACGAUUAUCGGAAGCACGUGAGACGAUGAUUGAAGACCGCACCAAAGCACACGCCGAUCACGUUGGACACGGCCAUGACCGGAUGACGACAGCUGCUGUCGGUGUACUCAAAGCAGUUCGCUGUAACAUCCCAGAUGAGUUUAAUCGCAUCACGAAGGAUGUGGUCGCAUUCGAUGCGCACUGUUUCCCCCAUCUGGUGGAAAAACUACAGUUGGACCUGCACGAGCCUCCGAUCUCGCAGUGUGUCCAAUGGGUGGAGGAUGCGAAGCUGAAUCAGCUGAGGCGAGAGGGUAUCAAGUACUCUCGGAUAUCGCUGUACGAUAACGAUAUCUACUUUUUGCCACGAAACAUCAUCCAUCAGUUCCGAACAGUGACCGCAGUGACAAGUAUAGCGUGGCAUCUGCGGCUAAAGCAGUACUAUCCGGAUCAGGAGAUUGUCCAGGAAAUCGCUAAUGGAUACGAGGUCGAUCCGCCCCACUACAAAGAAAAGCAAACUAUUUUGCCGCACCCGAUCUCGGCGGAGGAGAAGAAACAAACCCCCAUCAAGCGGACACACGAUGGCAAACCAAAGAAGUCCGAAAAGAAGGAGCUGAACGCCACUCCGAAUACGAAGGACGAGAAGAAAGUGGAGGAAAUUGCUGCGGAGAAGCAAAACGCCGAGGCCAAGAUUGAUAUGAGAAAACUAAUUAGGGAUGAACUCCCGUUGAAGAAGGAGAAGAAAAGUAGUUCCAGUCAUAAGCACUCGUCCUCUUCAACCUCCUCUUCGUCCCAUAAGCCUCACAGCAGUAGUAGUAGAAGCAGCAGCAAGGACAAACAUCGCUCUAAUGGAGAACGAGAUAAGGAUAAGGAUCGGGAGAAGCAUCGAGAUCGCGAUAGGGUUAGGGAGAAAGAACGAGAUCCUGAUCGAAACAGAGAAAGGGAUAAAGAAAGAGAUAAAGAUCGUCAUCAGCACUACAAACUUCAUUCCUCUUCUAGUAAAUCAUCCAGUUCAUCAUCCUCCAAGCACCAUCGCGACAAGCGGGACAGGAAGAUGUCUCACUCUUCGUCCUCGUCAGAUCGGCAUCCGAACAGUAGCAGUAGUAGUAGGCGAGAAUCGACAUCGAGUGUAACGAGGGAGAAGGAAUUAAUCUUCGGGUUAGUCGCAGCGAUUCCGCCCGUCGCAACGGAGGUCGAAAUAGAGAAUGUUUCAGAAGCUCCCGCUGGCAACAGCAAUGUGAUUGUUGAUGGCCAAGCCAUCGUAGAUGAUACAAACCCAGCAGCACUCAGCAACAGCAAUAGCAAUUACGAGUCUGUGAUAAAUAGUAACGACGAAGCCAAGCUUACCGUUGCGAUGGAGACAACCAUUUCGCCCGAAGGUGAUGAGAUCAGCACCGAAACGCUCUUGCUUCUGAAACCGGAAGAGGAAAUCAUCACCACAACCAUUGUAGACGAUGAUCAGCACCUCAGGGCGGUAUCAGAAGUUCACUGUGACAACACCAAGUCCUCUGUAAAUAUUGCGGAAUCGAUUUCCUUUGCACAAAGCCUUCCCCCGCCACCUCCACCUCUGCCCCCUGUCGAGGCACCACCAUUGCCCCCGUUGCCACCAACAUCUCCUGCGCCAGCACCACCUGCUCCUGCAGUUGAACCAGCAACCGAAACGUACAACCACAAAAGCAUCGAACAUCAUCAUUCAUCGACGCCAAAGGUGAAGAAAAGUAUUCAAGUAUCGACAGCAAAUAUUCACACGAACAGCAGCAGUAGUAGCAGUAACAGUAAUCACCAGCAAAAACAAUCCACCCCAAGUCACCCUUCAUCUGCAUCAUCCAAAAACACCAGCACAACACCCUCCAAAGCAUCCAGUGAUCUGUUGAGCUCGAUUAUGGCUAGUAUGGAGAGCACACCGAAUCGAAGUUCCAACAAUUUUUAAAGUUUUCUUCCCAUUCUUUGUGCUAAUUAACUUUAUUUUCUGUGCCACAAACUUUCCUAUUUCUUAGGAACAGUUCUCCCCAAAAUGUUCCUUCGUUUCUUUGUGUUGAAUGUUUACUUAAUCAUUUUAUUUUAGAAAAUCUACGGGAACUGGUAUCCUUUUUAUUUUCGGUCGCUAGUGGCGGAAAACUUUUGUGAUCCAUGUAAGACUUGGUCUCUAAAAUAAGUCGUUUUUUUGUAUGGAGAAAAACAAAUGCAUUCUUUUUUCCCUGGAGAAAGGCUCUCACUUUUUCGUCCCCAAUAUCCGCCCCUAGCCACAAUCACCUUACUGUAAAAAAAUCACACUGCCAUUACUCCACAAAAGCGGCAUAUAAACACAGUGAAUAUGCUCUCAUUUCUUAAUUCACGAUCUCCUUUUUUUUAGAAAAGAAAAGCUACAAAAACACGGGAGCUUCAAAACUUCCUGCUAAAAUUAUUCUAUGUAUAGAGAUAUGGUCCACUCAUUCACAUCCGCACACGCACACAUACACAUAUGCACACAACCACACCACAGAAAACACUUGUUUUUACACAUCAUCCAAUUUGUUGUACACACAUACAUACACACACAAACGCGCGAAAGGAAGAAAGCAACACAAAGUUGAACCAUGUUAUGAGUCCACUUCAGGAAUGUGUGAUGUAGAACGAUUGCUGCAACUAUAUAGCAACUAAGAACAGAAACUAAUUAUAGGAAAUAAGUUUGAAAACAAAACAAAAUUAGAUUCAGGAGCAUACAAAUUAACAAAAGAAAAACAAAAAUCACAUGAGAACACACGCACGCGCUAGGACACGAGAACGUGUGAGCAACACAACAUAUAGAGAAUGUUAAUUUUCCUUGUUGACGAUUUGUUGAGUCGGCUAUAUAUUUCUUUUUUUUGAACAAAGAAUGAGUAUAUAAGUAUGUGUGCAUAUAAAGUAAACUUGAAUGAAUGGUAGGCUUGGAAGAAUUCGAAGAGAUCGGCAAGCGAGAACUUUAGUUAAACAUCUGCAUAGAUGAUCUUUCGAUAAUCGCUAACACUUUGUUCGUCGUCACAUUCUAUCGCACUAGAGUUAUUAAGUUAUAUCUCCACGCGCGCGCAUUAUAAAGCUGUUGUUAGUAUCUUAUUCGCCCAAUAAUAUGCUGGCAGGUUCCCGGCUUUUAUACAUUGUC